AUGCAUGACGACCCGCCGCCACCUCGCGAUUCAAUCUCUAAAAAAAGGAAAACACAGCCCGCGAACCCCCUGAUCCGAGGGAUCGUGGCCUUCUGCGAUCAGAAGCCCCAUGUAGGAAUUGUACGCAGAACUGGAUCCACGCCGACGCCGACAACCACAAACACAACUAGCGGCGACACAAGGACAAGUCCAAGUGCAAAUUCAAGUUCAAGCACAAGUUUACCCGUCGUGCUCGCCAUCUCAGACCUCCCGAAACGAUACACGGCUUACGCGCCCCUUCUACUACUGCCCCCGUCAUUCAUCAGCGCGGCACAGCAGACUCCUCCUCUCGCCGCAUGGCCACGCUUCUACAGCACGCUAACGGAAAGCCAGAGGGCCGCUCUAUUCAGAUGUAUUACCGAGGAGGGAUUCCGUGGGCUAGACAUUUCGCGGAUCGCGAUCAACGCACCCAUUGCUGCGUCGGAGGGGGAGGUUACUAACCAAGUGGCAGCGGAAGAGGGACGACUUGAAGGUGGAUAUGACGAUAAGGACAAGGACUGCACGAGGCGUCCAAACGUCCUUCGAAGCCCCUCGGGCUUGAUCCCCGUGUAUGGUGAUUGGGGCCCUGCGCUCCCGUUCGAGCAGCAUAGAGUACGUACUCUAACGCCCACAGCGGAGGACUUCCAGGCCGCGUUCUGGACGGCCACGGCCCAGCAUGAAGGCGUUACGCAGGUUUGGGCGCCACUUUACACGAUGUUCAGCCGGGGGAAUGUGUCUGAGAAGGCGCGCAUUCUGGGCUUGCGGUCUUGGUUUCCGGGAAUGACCACGGCACGCGAGUCAGAGGUCGACGUUGAGAUUGAAUUCGGGAGUCACGACGACGUCACCAUGGUGGAUGUUGUGGACAUGUACGUCGGGAUUGGAUACUUUGCUUUUUGCUAUCUGAAGAGGGGAGUGCGGCGGGUUUACGGGUGGGAUAUCAAUCCAUGGAGUAUCGAGGGGCUGAGAAGGGGUUGUGACAGGAAUGGAUGGAAGUGCCUGGUUGUCAAUGUGGACGCGAUUGGGAGUGUAGGAAGUGCAGCGGGAGGAAGCGUAAGGGAGCUCGCGGAACGGAUUCGAGAAGGCGACCAGGGCGGGCCAGGAGAACAGAACGUGGUGAGAUGUGUGGCAUUCUUGGGAGACAACAAGUGGGCAGCGAAAGUCUUGCAGGAGAUUCAGUCUGAGUUAAGGAGGAUGGAGGGCAAUGCUCGGGUGGAGAGGUCGAACCUGAACAUCAGGCAUGCCAACCUGGGCUUACUGCCUACUUCGAGAGCGAGCUGGCGUGACGCCGUGGUUAUUCUCACAACCAUGCAUGAGGGUGGAAAAGGUGGCUGGCUUCACGUUCACGAGAACGUCGAUAUGCGGGAGAUCGAGCGUAUGACUGGAGAAGUUGUCGACCAAGUCAACAGGCUGCUUCAGGUCAGCCCGGGCGACCGUCGUUUCCACGCAUGUUGCCAACACGUUGAGCAGGUCAAGACGUAUGCGCCUGGAGUCAUGCAUUGUGUUUUUGAUGUCGCAAUCACAUCAAAUGGUUAA